AUGGCGGACACUGUUGUCGGAGUUCUGAUUGGCAAGCUUGGUGCUGCCUUAAGGAAUGAGGCACUAGCCUAUGGUGUAUCUCAGCUUUCCAAUGAAGCUUCCAACCUCAAGGGUCUUGUUGGUGAGAUCUGCAAAGCCAAGGAGGAGUUGGAGAGCAUCAAGGCCUACUUACAUGAUUCAGAUAAGUUCAAGGAGACCAGUGAGACCACUGGCAUCUUUGUCAAGAAAAUUCGAGAUCUAGCUUUCCGUAUUGAGGAUGUUGUGGACGAGUUCACUUACAAGCUUGAGGGUGACAAGCAUGAAGCACUUUCAGAUAAGGUGAGGAAGAGAGUCAGGCGUGUGAACAUUUGGAGUCGUCUAUGUGUCGAGCUCCGUAGCAUCAACGAUGAGCUUGAAGACACUGUUAAAAGGAGGGACCGCUAUGCUGUGCCAGGGAUGGAGAGAAACAUUGGAAGCUACUAUGAUUGUCGUGAUACCAGAUCUAACAAUCAAACUAUGUGUUUUGCAAGGGAAGAUGAUCUGGUGGGUAUUCAGGAUAAUGUAGACAAGAUGACACAGUGGCUAGUAGGUGAUUUGGAAGAGAAGAAAAACAAAAUCGUCACAGUUUGGGGAAUGGGCGGAGCAGGAAAAACUACUCUGGUUCAUCAUGUCUACAAGGCUGUGAAAGAGGAAUUUGAUACUGCUGCAUGGGUGACUGUAUCAAAGAGUUACAAAGUUGCUGAGUUGCUAGCAAACAUUGCCAGAGAGCUGGCCAUCUCAGCUGAUGCCAGAAACAUGGAACUGAUAAGGCUAGUUGAACUCAUCCGCAGCUCUCUUAAAGGCAAAAGGUACAUCAUAGUUUUAGAUGAUGUUUGGGAAGCGGAUUCAUGGAUUAAUAUCAUGGAUGUCUUUCCUACAAAUUGCACGAGCCGGUUUGUUCUCACAUCAAGAAAAUAUGAAGUUGCAUCGUUGGCAACUAGUAACUGCACAAUUAAGUUGGAACCACUAGAGGAAAACCUCUCUUGGAAGCUAUUUUGCAAUGUAGCUUUCCGGGAUAAUAGUGAAAAAAGGUGCCCAUCAGAAUUACAGGAAUUGCCUGCUAAGUUCUUACAGAAGUGCGAAGGGUUGCCUCUUGCUAUUGCAUGCAUAGGCCGCUUACUGUCUUGCAAACCUUUGACAUACAAAGCAUGGGAAAAUAUAUACAAGGAGUUACAGUUGCAGUCGACAAAAAAUGCGAUUCCAGGCGUUGAUAUGAUUCUAAAAGUAAGCUUGGAAGACCUUCCAUGUGAACUGAAGAAUUGCUUCUUACAUUGUGCUAUAUUUCCGGAGGAUUAUCAAAUCAAGAGGAGGAGGUUAAUUAGACACUGGAUUACUGCAGGGUUCAUUAAGGAAAAAGAGAGGAAAACACUGGAACAAGAGGCAGAGGGGUACUUAAAUGAACUUGUCAACCGGAGCCUACUCCAAGUUGUGAAGACAAAUGAGUUUGGACGAGUGAAACAUUGCCGAAUGCAUGACGUCAUCCGCUCUGUUGCCCUAGACCAGGCAGAAAAAGAAUGUUUCGCUAAAGUUUACGAGGGUUCCAAGACAUUUUCUAUAGGCACCACAACACGCCGACUGUCGAUACAAAGCACUGAUAUUGCAAUGCUGGGCCAAUCUGGUGCAGCUCAUAUGAGAGCAAUAUAUGCUUUCACAAGUUAUGUUGAUAUUGAUCUGUUGAGGCCUAUCCUUGCAUCUUCAAAUUUGCUAGCAACAUUGGAUUUGCAAGGUACUCAAAUAAACAUGCUGCCUAACGAGGUCUUCAGCAUGUUUAAUUUACGAUUUUUGGGUCUUAGACAUACAAGAAUCGAGGUUCUACCUGAGGCCGUAGGAAGAUUACAGAACUUAGAAGUACUAGAUGCUUUUGGUACUGCUCUGCUUUCAUUGCCACAAGAUAUAACAAAACUAAAAAAGCUUAGGUUCCUGUAUGCAAGCGCAAGGCUCACAGAAGGAAAUCUCGCACGUUUUGGCGGAGUUAAGGUGCCAAGAGGCAUAAUGAACUUGACUGGACUUCAUGCUCUGCAAAGUGUUAAAGCAAGCUUAGAGACUAUAUGUGAUUGUGAGGUUGCAGCUUUAACAGAGCUAAGGACAUUUACAAUUGCCGAUGUAACCAGUGAGCACUCUUCUAACUUGUGCAAUGCUAUCACGAAAAUGAGGCAUCUUGCCAGCCUUUCAAUGGUUGCAUCAAGUGAAACUGAAGUGUUACAACUGGAAGAACUAGAUCUACCUAAAACCCUUUCUAAACUUGAAUUGAUUGGGCAGCUGGAAAAGAAAAGGAUGCCACAGAUUAUCUCUUCCUGGUCAUACCUUCACAACCUCACUCGAUUGUCUCUGUUAUUCUCCAAACUUGAUGAGGACUCAUUUUCUAGCCUCAUGGUGUUACGUGGUUUAUGCUUUCUUGAACUUGGUAAUGCCUAUGAUGGGAAGAAAUUGUGCUUCUCUGCAUCGUCAUUUCCUGCACUUAAAAAACUGGGAAUAUGUGGUGCUCCACAGCUCAACCAAGUUGAAAUCGAGGAAGGUGGACUGAGAAACCUUGUUAUGCUAUGGUUUCUACAGUGCCCAGAAUUGAAGUGCCUGCCUAAUGGCAUUGAGCGCCUUACAUCCCUUGAGGAUUUAUAUCUCUACGACACUGCACAGGAGCUUAUAGAGAAGCUUAGGCAGGAAGUAAAUGAAUGCGGUGAAUUAUCUAUGAAGAUUAGCCACAUUCGAAGGGUUAGUGUUAAAUUAACUAAGGACAACAUGUGGGAAAGAAUUCGCUGGCAGGCUGCUUCUAUUCCCAGAGCCAAGGAUUGA